AAGGUGCAUGAUACUGUGCCUUUGUCCCUUCUCAUUGUAUUUAAAAGUUGGGUAAGAGUUUGUGUGUGUAUACAUAUAAACUUGUGUGUUACUUUUAGGACCAUAUAAAAUUAAUUGAGACAUAGGUGAGCACAUAUUGCAACGAUACAAUAUAUAAUAUACAAUGCAACAUUCAUCAAGUGAUGUGGUAGAAUCAUCAAGUUUGAGAAAAGGGGCAUGGACUAAAUUUGAAGAUGAGCUUCUCAAAGAUUGUAUUCAACGUUAUGGGGUGGGGAAAUGGCACUUAGUUCCUCAAAGAGCAGGAUUGAAAAGAUGCCGCAAGAGUUGUAGAAUGAGAUGGUUGAACUAUCUAAACCCAAAUAUCAAGAGGGGAGAAUUUAGUGAAGAUGAAGUUGAUUUGAUGAUCAAAUUGCACAAUCUUUUAGGAAACAGAUGGUCCUUAAUUGCUGGAAGACUUCCCGGAAGAACUUCAAACGAUGUGAAAAAUUAUUGGAACACCUACAUGCGUAGCAAAAAAGAGAAGAACAAAAUGAAGGAAAAAAUAGAAACAAUGAAACCACAUGAAGUGAUAAAGCCUCAACCACGAACUUUUUCAAAACCAAUGUUGGAAUUGAAUAAAUUUAUUGCCUCAAAUGAUCAUAGUUGUUCCAAAGUUAAUAUGAAUGAAGAAUUAGGUGCAACUUCAUCAGGAACAUGCAAUUGGUGGAAAACUUUGUUAUUCGAUGACAAUGAAGAUCAUAACAAUCACUUAUGUGAAAUGGACUUUUGGGAUGAUCAAGAGCUUAAUUCAAGAAUAAAUUCUUUUGACUUUCUUGAAAGUCAAACUUGGAGUGAUUUUCUUGCUCAAAUUUGAGCAAUAGUUGAGUAAAUUAGAGACAAAAAAAUAAUAUAAAAUUGGUUGCUAAAUUAGAGAUGAAAAUCAUCUUUUACCGUCUAUAAAUUUCUGUUGUUAUUUUAACUUUUUCUAGUAAUGAUGUGUGAUAUUAUUGAAUAUGUAAUAUGUGUACUACUAUCUCAAUUGUUUUUUUAGUUAAGAUUUGAUUAAAAAAAAUUGUUUUUGCGAAAAAA